GUCAUUGAGAGCGGUCGGGUGCAGUGUGCUUCGAACGGGAAUCAAGAGCACGCGCUCUCAGCGCUUGCUUGUGAUCGGUGCAACGGAGCAGAGCGUGUAACGUUCUUUCUCCGCCGCGAGAAGCGAUUGUCGCCUUGAAUUUGAGUGUCGCGCGCGUGCGUACGCCGGGCGGCGAACCCGCGUGAAACGCGCGGCGAGUCAUCCCGGACGAUUCGGCUCGGUCGGUCGGUUGGUCCCUUCUUCACAUGGAGAUGUGUUUCGCGGCCGUAAUCUCGUGCGACAAGUGACGCCGAUUUUCUGUGCUGCGCUGCGAGAGAAAACGCAAACGCGAUCGAAGUGAGUGAGGAAAAGAAGUCGGGGAGAGAGAGAAAGAAAGAAAGAAAGAAAGAAAAAAAGAAAGAAAGAAAGAAAGAAAGAAAGAAAGGAAGAAAGAAAGAGCGAUUACGAGAAAACGUGACUCGCGCUCGUGGACUCUAUCAAGUGUGUGUGCGCCCAUCUCUGGGAUCUCUAAACGUCGUUGUCGUCUCGGUGCGAGCAUUUCCCGUUUAAUUUCGGUAUCUUCCUGCACGCGUUGACAGACCACAAGCUGUGGCCAUGACCGCGGACAGUCUGUUCGAGCCGACCAGCAUCCCGGGGCACCUCGCUCCCACGCCGGAGAGACUGGAGAGACUUCUAUCGAAGCAGACCCUCGAGGAGCUCUACGAGGUCGAGGAACAGCCUUUCGCACGAGGUAAAUACGCAACGGUCAGAAGAUGCCGGGAGAGGUCCAGCGGCAGGCAGUGGGCCGCCAAGUUCCUGAGGAAGCGACGACGCGCGCAAGAGCUCAGAGCGGAAGCGCUUCACGAGGUCGCGGUACUGGAUGCCGCAGCCCAUUGUUCUCGCCUCGUCUCCCUCCACCAGGUCUUUGAGACCAACACUGAGAUGGUACUUGUGCUGGAGCUGGCGCCUGGUGGCGAAUUACAAAUGAUACUCGACCGGGAUGAAGUUCCGGAAGAACGGCAAGUCGCUAGAUUGUUAAAGCAGAUUUUGGACGGGAUAGCAUUUUUGCAUUCCUUGAACGUAGCUCACCUCGACAUCAAGCCGCAGAAUUUGGUACUUACCGGAGAAUUCCCGGACUGCGACGUGAAGUUGUGUGAUUUCGGCAUAUCGCGAUACAUCAGUCAUGGAGCAGACAUACGAGAAAUCUUGGGUACGCCUGAUUAUGUUGCCCCGGAGGUUCUGAAUUACGAGCCAAUCAGCCUAGCGACCGACAUGUGGUCCGUCGGUGUGCUGCUCUACGUGCUGUUAACAGGAUGCUCACCUUUCGGUGGCGACACUAAGCAGGAGACGUUCUACAACAUUAGUAGAUGUCGACUGGACUUCCCGGACGAUCUCUUCGAGGAGGUGUCCGAGGAGGCACGCGAUCUCAUGCGCAAACUCAUGGUUAAGGAUCCGAAUGAACGCCUGACGGUGACUGAGUGUCUCCAACAUCCUUGGUUCAGCAUGUUCGAGCAGCCACCGAUGCCGCUUCCAUUGUCCACGUGUUCCACCUCGGAUGACAGUUCCAAUGCGAACUUCCCCACGGUGACCUCGCGAUCAGACGAGAGUUCUGGCUCUUCUUCUUCCUCCAAUCCACCUUCUUCUUCUCAGAAGCUUGCCAUCAUUAACGGCCAAACAUCCACAUCAUCAUCUACGCCGAAGAGCGACACUGAGAAGCAACGUUCUUCUAGCUCGAGCGGCUCCUGUCACAGCGCAGACUCCAAACAAGUGACAAGUCGCGCCGUCUCCUCACACACGGAGAAUCUCUACACGAAGUCCAGGUCGCCAUCCAAGUCGUCGCCUAAGCCCAUUAGAUUCGGUCUGAGCCCGGAUCGCAGGGAUACUUUCAAGAGAAAUAUGGAUUCGCUGGCGCGUAAGUUUUCUGCCACGGAGAUCGUCAUCAUUGAGUCGAUGAUGUCAGGCGUGGCUGCAAGCGGGAGCGAAGGCGCGCGCGCGGCUGUUGCCGCCGCCGCCAGCGGUGGUGCCAUCGGUGGUGGUACGCAGCGUCGUGCUACCGCUACUCAUACGAUGCCAGCUGGGGAAGUAUUCAAGUGCACGCCCGUAUUUAUUCUUGGUGAAGAACAGCAGUGCAGCGACAGCGGCAGCGACACCAUCUCCGAGAUCUCGACCGACAGCUCGAGCGAUCGUAGCAGUAUCUACUCGGACGACUCUCUGGACUUCAUCUUGUACGGUAAGAGCCAAAGCAGAGCGAGCUUUCCGUUUACCGCCGCCGACUCGACCGUCGAUAGAUGGGAACAGAGGCAUCAUCAGAAUCGUAGUAGCAGGGCAUGGCCGCGUGAGUGCAACGGUGUCGUCAGCAAGGCUCUCAGCCGUUUCACGUCGGAAACGUCCAGCAUUAAGGUUACAAAGAUCCCGACGUUGCCUCCGACGACGACGAUGACAUCGACGACCACGACGACGGCGGCGACGACAACGGUGCGCGGUAGAACUGCCGGCCUUGAAGCACUUCGAGAGCGAAGUGGCAACUUGGUGGUCAUUAGGGAACCCGUCCGAGCCGGCAGGUACACCAGGUAUUGCGAAGUGCAGUGCGAGUCGGUGCAGGCGCGGAUUCGCCGAUUUCAGGUGCACGAUGCCUCGUAAGAACCUACAGAGGUCAUAUGUGUUCGGAUAUUUUUGCUACCAGAUGGGAACGCGCCUGGCGGGCCUCAAAGGACCCAGAAUUAAGAUAGAUUCGACGAACAUUUGUAUAUAUUAUGUUUCGUGUACAGUGAUGCGGCCAAGGACAGGGGAAUUCUUGGUAACGGGGUACCCGAGGAAUGCGCCAUGUCAAACGAGCGAAGAGAAGAGAAAUAUACGAACAAAGUUUCUCGAGGUUUGAAUGUGAAGGCUGUGAUUCUAUAAUAGAGAAGAUUCCUGAGAAGUUUUCUCAUUAUAUAUGUUUCUUUCUUCAUUUCUUUUUCGUGUAAAAGUAAAUAGUGGCAUUUCGAUACAAAACUUCGCGAAAAGUAGAUCUGAAUUUUUAUCUUAAAAUUGCGUUGUGACAGAAGGGUGAAGUUGAGAGAUAUCGCGUACCACAUAGACAAAAGAUAAAAUUCAACGAUGCGAAAUGUAAUAUAAAUCAAACGUUGAGUUCAUAAUGUGUGUACUAAGCGAAUUACGUACCAUAAAAUGAUAGUUAUAAAACGAAAAAUUGUUACAGUUCUCUAUGUAUACGGUCGGUGAUGGACUGUGAGAGUCGUAACAAACUUUGUUUCGAUGUAACGAAGUCGAUUAGUCAAUUGUACAAAUAAAUAAAAAUAAACAGAAUUAAGACGUGUGUCGACGGAGUGCCGAUAUUACGUUCAAUGUACUAUAAUUCGUAGCAUUUAUGACAGAAUGUCGAUAUAUCAACGAUUAGAUAUCGAUAUUUUGCUUUUAAUUAUCCUCAUUGUGUAAAUUUCUAUUCUUUAUAAAUUUCAUAUUUUUUAACGCGAUAUCGCACUGUUAUGCACUUGAGGAGAAAUAUAUUAAAAAAUAAAAGAAAAAUUAUUCAUAAAAAUACCAUUGAUUUAUACAAAAUUUCUUUCUAUUUUUUUUAUUAUUUCGUUUUUCUUUACAUUGGUAUAGAUACAUAGUAUGCGGCGAUGCAUCAGGUGCGUGAUAAGAAGCGUCAUGUUAAUCAACCAAGUAAUGAAUAUUUAUUACUAUUUCCGGAAAAAUGAAAAAUUGACUAAUGCAUCGUUUCUCAUGUCGUGCAUGACACAUUUCAGCGUUAUUAUGUAUAUAUAUGUGUAUGUGCAAAAGUUAAUAUCGUACUCGUUGUAUUGAAUCACGUAUCCCUUGCUUAUCGGUACAUCGUUACUCGAUUAUGCUUAUCGCUGUCAUUAUUUACGUAAUUUUACAAUCGUUACACACUGAUCUUUUGACCCCGGUCAUUUUGAAAUGGCCAUUUUUUAUAUUUCUGAAGAUUAUAUGUGGUAUGAUUUAAGUAAGAUAUUUAAAAUUAUUUGAAGUGAUAUCCCGAUAAAUAUCUGGAAGAUUUUAUCUCAACUCUUCUCUCCAUGUCAGAACGUUUAUUUUCGAAGAUGAAGUUGAGUUUAAUUGAGCCGACAAGCUGAAAGGGAAAAUUAAGAAAUACCUUGAUAUUAUGUAUUACCUUUAUAUUAUUAUCUUUACAAUAAUAAAUAUGAAUUUACAAUGGCUAUAUGUACGGGAUUAUUUAUGGAAAAUAGCAUAUUUGUAAUUAAUUUUUCAAUAACGAUACUCAAUUUGAAUAUUAAUAUCAUUUUAAACAUCGAUGUCGGCUCUUAAUGCGGUGUAUCCUUCUUUUAUUUGCAUUUCAAAGCGUGGUAAAAUGUAUAUAGCGCGAAGAUUGAGAUACUGAUUCUCUCGUAAAAUUUCUCAAAGUAGUAGGGAAUUACGUAAUAUUAAAUGGUAUUUCGCAGACUUUAAUCUCCAGAAUCUUUGAACAAUCUCAAAGUUGUCCACUCUAGCUUGAUUUUUGACAGAUUCCUUGGGAACCCGAAAUCAAUUGUACGUAAAAGUGCGUGCACACGUACUACGUGAUCAUGUAUAGUUGCGUGCGAAACAUAUGUCGCGUGUGAUUCAUGCGUGUCUUUACAAAGGUGCCGAUAAGAUAGAGAUAGAUAGAUAGAUAGAUAGAUAGAUAGAUAGAUAGAUAGAUAGAUAGAUAGAUAGAUAGAUAGAUAGAUAGAUAGAUAAGGGGGAAGGGCAAGGAAGGAAAUGGGUGAUCGUAACUUGUACCAUAUGAAAGUGAACAAAAGGCUGUUGUAGAUACAAAUGAGUGAAUGAGAACGAAUGAGUGAAUAUGCGCGCGCGUAUGUACGUACAUACAAUAGUAUGAAGUGAAAGUAUAUGUGUGUGUGUGUACACACACACAUACACACAUAUUAGAUAAUAUUAUAUCAUAGAAAAGUUUAAGCGGAUAGUUGUAAAGCACACAAAAUUUUCGUCUAAUACAUUUUUUACUGUA